AUGAACUCAAUCAGAUACAUUCAGCACAAGCCUUUUCUCGCUUACUUCACGGGCCUAUUAGAAUCGCGUGAUUACACCAACGAGAUCAAAGCUCUUGAAGUUGGCUGCGGACCGGGUCAUUUCUCAGCAUUGCUGAAGGAUCAACUCAAGGAUCGUAUCGACAUUACGGCCAUUGACCCAUCCCAAGAGGAUAUCCAGACUUGCGCGAGCCAUCAUGCAGCUGUCAAAUACCGUGCCACUACGAUUUUGGAUAUGGAUCCUGAACGAUAUCGUGAGCAUUUUGACGUGAUUCUGUUUUCGAAAUCGCUUCAUCAUUGUGAUCCCUUGGAUGAGACUGUCGAACAAGCACAUCGUUUCCUCAAGAAGGGUGGCAUUCUUGUUGCUGAAGAAUUCAAUCCGGAUGCUAUUGACGAACCAACCGCCCGCUUUUUCUUUAAUCGUCUCGACUUGUUACGAAUCGGGAAUCACAUCUUACAACCAGCAAUUAAGAGCGAGUCUUUUCUGGCACGAUGGGAACAAAUGAUCGAUCCAAAGUCAGGCCCGCCUGUUGAGCGGUGGGCUUCGAUCUUUAAUAGAAAAGCCGCCACGAACCUUUUCAAGCAUGGUCUUCAAGGGCAUCAUAUGUCGAGCCAUGGAGCAAUGAUUACAUCCCUUGCCAAAGCAUUUGGUAGUGGGGACGAGUCUGUUGUUAAGGCCGCUCGUAAUCAGCCAUUCUUGCAGUGCAACUUUGUUCUUUUUGGAUUGGAAGAUACGCCUAUUGGAGAAGCUGUUGUGGAAGCCAUAAUUGCGCAAGAAGCAUCUGCUAUCAAAGAUGGUGUAAUUAACGGUACCGGAGUCAGCUAUCUCGUUGAAAAGCAAUGA